UAAUUAGAUGAGGGGAGGUAUCGAGGCAGGGACGAGGAAUGCAUUCCUUGUUUUGUUCUUGUUUAGUUUACGAAGAGUUUUUUUUCUCUCGCUCCCUCCCCCAUUCUCCACCUAGUGGGGAAUCUCUGUAUUGUUUUGGAGUGAUUCCCGUGGAAAAACUUGACAUCUCUAGUCUUGUUAUUUUAAGAUGUCUAGAAAUAAUUUAGAUGCUCAUCCUAUACAAAUGUUGAGUCUAUAAUAACUAAAUUGAAUUUAAAAAAAUCUAGUUGUUUGUUCUUUUUCACAUUUCUUCCUAAAAUCUUUAAGGUUCAAAGAUGGGCGACUCAAUGGUCCGUUUUGGAAUCAUUGGAGUAGCAAAGAUUGCUAAAAAAAUUUCUCGAGCUAUUGCUCUUGCUCCCAACGCCACUCUCUUCGCAAUUGGUAGUCGUUCAAUCGAAAAAGCCUCAAAUUUUGCUUUCGAUAAUGGGUUGAGUUCUGAGGUCAAAAUCUAUGGUUCUUAUGAAGUUGUGCUUGAUGAUCCUGAUGUCGACGUUGUCUAUAUUCCCCUUCCGACUAGUCUUCACUUGCGUUGGGCCGUGCUCGCCGCUGAGAAGAAGAAGCAUGUGCUCAUCGAGAAGCCCGUAGCUCUUAGUGUAGUUGAGUUAGAUAUGAUUCUUGAAGCUUGUAAGGUCAAUGGAGUUCAAUUCAUGGAUGGUACCAUGUGGAUGCACAGUCCUCGUACUGCUAAGAUGAAGGAGUUUCUUUGUGAUGCAAAAAUGUUUGGUCAACUCAAAUCGGUACAUAGUAUUUACACUUUUGAAGUUGAUUCUAGCUUCCUAGCGAAUGAUAUUCGCACAAAACCUGACCUUGAUGGAUUUGGUGCUUUGGGUGAUAUUGGAUGGUAUUGUAUUCGUGCAAUCCUGUUUGCUGCCGACUUCAAAUUACCAAAAAAAGUGAUUGCCUUUCCUAAUCCUGUUCUGAACGAAUCGGGCGUGAUUUUAUCUUGUGGAUGCUCUCUUUUUUGGGAUGAUGGAAAACUAGCAACUUUCUACUGCUCUUUCUUAGAAUACAUGACCCAGAAUAUGACUGUUAUAGGAACAAAUGGGACAUUACAUCUAACUGACUUUGGUAUACCUUACACAGAGAAAGAGUUACGUUUCUACACCAAUUCAAAAUAUGGGUUCAUUGAACACGUGGCCAGUUCGAAACCUCUACCAAACAUUCACAUCAUCCCUACCGAUCUUCCUCAGGAGGCCCAUAUGGUGAUGGAAUUUUCUCAUUUGGUUAAACAAAUCAAAGAAAAUGGCUCCAAACCUGAGGAAAAAUGGCCAACCAUGAGUAAAAAAACUCAACUGGUGCUCGAUGCAGUGAAGGCAUCACUAGAUCGAGGAUCCGAAGUUGUUGAAGUAGGACAGAUGUGAUUCUUUGUCUAUGAGUAUGAUCAUGUUUUCCUUUGAUAUAUAAAAUAAUAAAACCAAAGUUAGUAAAAAAAAUAAUUGAAUUUAACAAA